AUGAUACUGGUGGCGGUGGUGGCGGAGCUGCUGGAGGAGUACACGGCGGUGGUGGCGAGGGUGCUGGAGCACCUGCUUCACGGCGCUCCUUUCCCUCGCCGGGUUCGUUUCCUCAUUCUUCGCCGCCUUCCGUUCGUCUCUCCGUCUUCUUCUCCUCGCCUCUUUUAA